CGUGAAAAUAAUUCAUGAUAGCUCCAACGCCAAGCGCCGCCUCCUCCAGGCCGAGGACCGCCUCCGCAAUGCCAUCGAGGAGCUCCAGAACUGCCAGCGAUCCGCCGCCGCCACUGGCUCACAGCCCCACCCGCCCUGCGACCAAGCCGUGGACGAGUCUUGCGUCACCCAGACCAUUGGUAAUCUAUGCCAGAGCUCUCUCUUGUCGUACGCCGUCAAGGUUCGAAUUGGCAUCCUUAUUCGCGCUUUUAAGCUCGCGCGCCGGCAGUCUUACUCUUCGCUCCUCGACCUUAAGAUUAUGCUUAAGGUAAUUAUGUACGCUUAUGUAAUGCGUCCUGAGAGCUUGCCAAAAUCUUAUCAAGAAUUUAUGCAGAAGACUGGGCCAGUUGCCCAACCUGUAUACAAGGGCUAUAAGGGAUGGCUGUGGAGGCCACCCGGUCGAUAUUGCCUUGUUCGGUUGUUCAUCCAGAUUCCAGAUACAAAUUCUUGUUUAGCUCAGAAUGCACGGGCUACAUCUGCUACAUUUAGGAAAACGUUUCCGUUUGACGUUUGUAUCAUUCGUUGUUUUCCGCCUACAGAAGCUUGCGGGGAGGGUCUUUAGUCUUAGCUACGACUUGUACGAAGGACUGUUCCCAGUUCCAGGUGGGGCUGCGAAUACGACUGGCCUUAAAGUUCUGUCUCUACAGAUGGACUAGCUACUUAAAUGGCUUCGGACUGACUCAUUCAUGGGCAUGGAUUCAAAAAAGCCUACGUUCUCUUGCCGUUGAGGUUGGUUUAGAAAAAAGAUGGUCCAUCCUUUUCGUCAACGUUGGCACUAUUGCAAAUCUGCAACCAUUCUUCUCUUCAUUUGAUUAUUAAUUUGCCAAUUAUUUCUUUAAUUCAACUUUAUUUACAUAGUAAAUUACUAAUGUUUAUGAUCUUUCUCGCUAGAAAUGCAUGCAUGACUGCCUGCCUAGAAAUGAAUUCUGUAGCUACCAAAGCAUCUCCAAGGGAAGUAACAUUUGGGUGGCAAAGUUAAAUUUUCUAUGUCACGUAGGAAAACCACACCUCUAACGGAGGUAACAACUCAAUUAGCAAAUUAAAGACUUAACAAUUGACCUUGCAGUUGCUACUUCUUCGAGUUAGCAAAUUGUGUCCUACAUGGCACAAUUUAAUUUAUUUUUUAUCGACAUGGCACUGCUACAUCAGCAAAAUUAUGUGUCCCAUAUUUAUCAUAUCAUCACUUAACGGCCAAGUAGAUAGAUUGGUUAACGGAGAUCUGAAACUGAAACAAAUUUGGAAAUUAAUGUAUGACAUUAAAAUGUUCAAAAGAUGAGGUAUGAGUUUGUUGUGUGGCCUUAAGUUGAGGUGUUAAAAUAUAAUUUACUUAUUAAAUUAGGGAAUUAUUAUUGACACUUCAAAAAACUUGUUCUACACUCCAAACUUUCUAUAUUUGUAAAGAAAAAUACACUUGUGAGGAGUGUAGAAUGAGUUUUUUGGAGUGCUAAUAACAUUACCCUUAAAUUAAUACAACGUAUUUGAAGGGCCUAUUAUUCCCAAUUCCGAGGGGGACCCUAGAUUAACUUCUGUUUCUAUAGAUGGACUAGCUAGUUGUUGGUUGUGAGAUUUUUGUCAAAGAUUCCAAGAAUCCGUCCGACUGAUACAGUCAUUGACGUGCAUCGAUUUUGAAAAUGCGGUCUCAUGCCGUAGAGGAUGGUUUAGAAAAACUGCUCAUGCCGUAGUGGAUGGUUUAGAAAAAGGUGAGGCUGCCUAGUAUAUAUAUAGGUGGCACUACUCUGGAUCGUUCAUUGCUCAUACACAUCACCUACUUCAUAGACUAAAACUUUAUGGAGAGAAGCAUGAGAGUUGUUUUACUACUAAUCAGGGUUCUAGCUUUUGCAACCAUUACUUUCAGUAUUGGUUUAUGCAAUGGAAUUCCUGGUUGGCCUCCGCUUUGCAAAGAAAGCGAAAGACAAGCACUUCUGAUGUUCAAGCACGAUCUCGAGGACCCUGCCAAUUGGCUUUCGUCGUGGGUUGCAGAAGAAGGUUCAGACUGUUGCAGUUGGACAGGAGUUGUCUGUGAUCAGAUAACAGGCUACAUCCACGAGCUGCACCUUAAUAGUUCCGACUCUGAUCGGGAAUUCCACUAUUUAUUCGGUGGUAAGAUAAAUCCUUCUUUGCUCAGUUUAAAGCAUCUCAACUACUUGGACUUGAGUAACAAUAAUUUCAGUACAACACAAAUUCCCAGUUUCUUUGGUUCUAUGACAAGUUUAACACACCUUAACCUUGCAGACUCAGGGUUUUAUGGAAUAAUUCCUCAUAAACUGGGAAAUCUCUCUAGUCUACGAUAUCUCAAUCUCAGUAGUUUCUAUUAUUCCAAUCUGAUGGUAGAGAACCUUCAGUGGAUUUCUGGUCUUUCUCUGCUGAAACACUUGGACUUGAGUUAUGUAAAUCUUAGCAGAGCAUCUGACUGGUUGCAAGUUACAAACAUGCUUCCUUCUUUGGCAGAGUUAAUUAUGUUUGAUUGUCAACUUGAUCAAAUUCCCCAUCUACCCACCGCAAAUUUUAUUCAAAAUAUGACUUGUCUUAAAGUUCUUAAUCUCAGGUGGAACGACUUCAAUUCUACCGUACCUGAAUGGUUGUAUAGCUUGAACAAUCUUGAGUCCUUACUUCUUUCUGGCAAUGCCUUACGUGGUGAAAUAUCGAGUUCCAUUGGAAACCUUAAAAGUUUAAGGCACUUUGAUAUUUCUGGUAAUUCAAUAUCAGGUCCCAUACCAAUGUCCUUAGGAAACCUGUCAAGUUUAGUAGAACUAGACAUAUCUAGAAAUCAGUUUAAUGGAACUUUCAUAGAAGUUAUUGGUAAACUCAAAUUGCUAACAGAUUUGGAUAUAUCUUAUAAUUGGUUCGAAGGUGUGGUGUCGGAAGUUUCUUUUAGUAACCUUACAAAAUUGAAGCAUUUCAUUGCAAAAGGAAACUCAUUUACUCUGAAAACCAGUCGAGAUUGGCUUCCUCCUUUUCAACUUGAAAAUUUGCAGCUGGAUUCAUGGCAUUUGGGACCUCAAUGGCCAAUGUGGCUUCAGACGCAAACGCAGUUAACAGAUCUAAGCUUAUCUGGUACAGGAAUUUCAAGUACUAUUCCAACUUGGUUUUGGAACUUAACUUCCCAAGUAGAGUAUUUGAAUCUCUCUCACAAUCAGUUGUAUGGGCAGAUUCAAAAUAUAUCUGUUGCUCCAUAUUCAAUUGUUGAUCUUAGUUCUAACCAUUUCACUGGUGCAUUGCCGAUUGUUCCCACCUCAUUAUAUUGGCUAGAUCUUUCCAAUUCAUCAUUUUCUGGAUCUGUUUUCCACUUCUUCUGUGAUAGGCCGGAUGAACCAAAGCAACGAGUUUUUCUUUAUCUCGGGAACAAUCUACUCACUGGAAAAGUACCCGAUUGUUGGAUGAGUUGGCAAUCCUUGUACUUCCUGCAUUUAGAAAACAACAACCUAACUGGGAAUGUCCCAAUGUCCAUGGGAUACUUACGAUAUCUGAGAUCGCUGCACUUGCGCAAUAAUCACUUGUACGGAGAAUUGCCACAUUCCCUACAAAACUGUUCCUCAUUGUCCGUUGUUGACCUUGGUGGAAAUGGGUUUGUCGGAAGCAUACCAAUAUGGAUAGGGGAAAGCCUUUCAAAUUUGCAGGUUCUUAACCUUCGUUCAAAUGAGUUUGAGGGAGACAUUCCUUCUCAAGUUUGUUAUUUGAAAAGUCUCCAGAUAUUGGACCUUGCACAUAAUAAACUCUCUGGAACGAUACCGAGAUGCUUCCACAAUUUGAGUUCCAUGGCUGGUGUUUCAAAAUCCGGUUGGCUAGAAGGGUAUGGUAUUUCUAAUUCUUAUAUUCCAGAGUAUUCAAUCUUGGUAACGAAAGGGAUAGAAGUGAAUUAUACCAAGAAUCUGAAAUUUGUAAAAAGCAUGGAUCUUUCAUGCAACUUUAUGCAUGGAGAGAUCCCUGAAGAACUUACCGGCCUCCUUGAAUUGCAGUCACUCAAUUUAUCAAAUAAUCGCUUCACCGGAAGAAUUCCUUCAAAGAUUGGUAAUAUGGCACAGUUAGAAUCUCUCGAUUUUUCCAUGAACCAACUUGAUGCUGAAAUUCCUCUAAGCAUGACGAAUUUGACAUUUCUGAGUCACUUAAACUUGUCCUACAACAAUUUGACUGGACGAAUUCCGGAAAGCACUCAGCUGCAGAGCCUUGAUCAGUCUAGCUUCGUCGGCAAUGAACUAUGCGGACCUCCACUCAACAAGAAUUGCAGCGCAAAUGGGGUGAUACCGCCACCAACAGACGGAGGAGGAUACCGUUUACUCGAAGACGAGUGGUUCUACGUGAGCUUGGGAGUUGGAUUCUUCACGGGGUUUUGGAUUGUGCUUGGUUCUUUGCUGGUAAACAUGCCAUGGAGCAUUCUUCUUUCACAGUUGCUGAAUAGGAUAGCGCUCAAAAUGUAUCAUGUAAUUGUUGAAUAUGUUUAGCUUUGUCUUGUACUUUGAGUAAGUUUGUUGGCAUUGUCCUUGCUGUGACGAAUAUGCUAGUAUGUUUGUGUUGUAUGAUUUUGUAAAAUUUCAUCCUAUUGUUUCAUUGUAAUUUUCUUUCGGGUUUGACUUUAGAGGGGUUAGGUUUCAUGUCCCCCCUCUCCCUUGUAUCGUUUUUGUUUUCAUUUCUAGAGGGGUAAGGUUUAUGUCCCCCCUGAUUAGGUGUAACUUUUUUUUUUCGUUAUCAAUAAAAUAUCUCUCGUACU